UUCUCAAUAAUGUUAUUUGAAAUUAAUUCGGAAUUAGGAGUUGGGUAGUUAGUUGAAUAAGGCUCAAUUUCAACUGUCAGGCCAAGUUAUGGGCCUGGAGAUUUUAAUCAACCAUGGUGAUCCAGCCCAAUAAUUGAUACGGUAACCCCAAGUGCGGAAUGAGUUGAAAGCUUCAGUAGCGGGUCGUCCCAUGUUUUUGUAAUUCAGCCCAUAUGCGUGAGAUUUAGAAAGCCCAUCAAUUCAUUGGUCAUACCAUCCUUCCUCUCCCAGUUAGCCCCAUACCAAAGUACCCAACUAAGUUGGUGAUUCACCGUACAUCUUUUCCUUGCCAAUAGAGAUUCCCAGGGGAACCAAACGUCCGCUCGGUGGAGCUUCACAAAGGGCCAAUUCCAGAAUACCCGCUGAAUCGCGUAGGUGCCGUCGUGCCGAUCGGGAAUUUUCUGGACGGUGUCUUGUCAGACGGAGUUUCUUGGACGGCCAAGAAAAGUCUCGAGCCGCAGUCCUGCCGAACGGGAUCCGUGAACCUGAGCAGGAAGAAUGGCCGAAGGUCUGGACUGAGCAGCAAGAUCGAGUGGAGUGGUGUGUCAGGUGGUGAGAUGAUCCGCGGCUGGAUCUGUUGUAUUCCCUAACGACCACUCACACACGUUUGGGUACAGGAGGAUGGUGCCGAGCGGUGGCAAGGAGCAGCAGAGACAAGGCCGUACGGCAGGAUUGUAUGAAUUCCAAGACCGUAUGGGAGGCUCAACCUGUCCCCACUCAUUUGGGGGUGGAGACCGAGCGGCAAUCAAACGCUGUUGGCGUUGCACCCCGAGCAAAAAAUCUUAUCUGUUAGCGAUCCACGGGGUUCUCAGUUCGAAUGAUGUUCACCGAGCGGUGACGAUCGGCACCCCUCCUUAUCUUUCUUCUGGUAGUUACCGGUGGGGCUGUGGGGGCCGGGACUAUACAGCCACCUGUUCUGGAAAUGAGCGGGGAGCUGCAAUUUUGCCUCGCUCAUCUCAGUCGGUCGGCAGGAGCUCGUGCGGCAAUCUGACUUUCCGGAUUGGGCGACAUAGUGAUUAAGCUGAGCGGCCAGAUCGGUGUUGGUUGAUGGGAUCACCGGGGGUGGUUCCUUUGGUGCCUGUGUUCUCGUUCGCAGUUGGGUUGUUUGGGGAAGCAAUCAGUCGCCGAUAUCCCAUAGACUUCUCAUCUCCUUAUAACACUUCCCAUUUACUUUUAUAUAUGUUGAAGUUAAAUCCCGUAAAUCCGAAAGUCCAACACGAACUUUGGAUAUAUCAGGAAUGGUACAGAAUUAAAGUGUAUAACCAAAAUAUAAAAUAUGAACUUACUAAUACUCGAAAGCUCACUUGUAUUAAUUAACCAGUCUGAUUACAAGGAAAUUCUCGAUCGGUAGGUCGGAAACAAUGCUUUAAUACAAGAAAUAAG